UCGAGGUGUCUGUCCAGCCCCGGCCGCGGGCAGCUCCAGCGGCGGCAGCUGGAACACAGCUGGAACACAGCUGGAACACAGCUGGGGGCUCCUCCGGCGGGGCCUGGGCAGCGCCGGGGGCCGCACGGAGCCGAGCUGAGCGCUCGGAGCCUUUGGCACCUCAGCGCGGGAUUUGGCAGCAGCUGGAGGAAGGAGCGGAGCAAGGAAGCGUUUGGGUGUGAGCUGGCUGGUGAGUCACCGGGCAAACCCACCCCGCUGCUGCUCCGCGCUGCGAGGGGCGCUUGCUGCAGGUGCCGCAGGACAGCGGCUGCUCGGGACGGUGGUGCAGCCCCGCCGCGGCACGGACAGUUUUUAGGUUGUUCACCAUGAGUGUGGCUGUGCUCCUGCUCCUGCUCCUGCUCCUGGGGCUGCAGGUGGCAGAAGGCAGAAGGGACAGGUGUUUCUUCAACCGCACUCAGGAGUCCUGUGUGUGCUACAACCUGUCCGAGGAGACCAUGGGCAGCAUCAUCCAGUGCCUGCCAGCAACUGUGGUGGAGUUUUGGGGCGGAGAUCUGGAGAAAUACGCAGCCUUCCCCAUCAGGGACCCGGACUCCUCCGUCAUUGACACGCUGGGCUCCCUUGUCAUCCAGAAAAUAAUUAUUGGAAACGUCCUGGUGCCUGAGACACUCCUCGCCCGUGUGCUGAGGUUCUUCUCCUACACCCACGUGCAGGAGCUGGCCUUUGAGAGCUGCAUUUUCCAGGGCACAGGCGACUGGAGUGACAUGGAUGGGCACAACCUGCCCAUCCUGUCCCUGAGCUUCCAGAACGUGACAUCUGCCCCGCUGACGGGCCGUGAGCAGGCCUUCUCCAGCCUGAGCAGCUGGCUGGGGACCCUGCAGGAGCUGGCUGUCACCGGCUCCCGCCUCAGCAGCCUGCCCUGUGCCAUCGGGAGGGUGUUCGGAGCCCUGCGCUCCCUGAGCCUGGCACAGAACAGCCUCGGGGACGGGAGCCUGGCCCCCGCCUUCUGCCAGGGAGCUUUCCCUCAGCUCCAGCAGCUGAGUCUGCACCACAACAACCUGAGCUCCUACCACGGCGUGUGUGAGGGCGUGGAGCUGCUGCCGGAGCUCCGGCACCUCGACCUCAGCCACAACGAGCUCGUGGCAGACCCAUCCUCCUCCUGCCGGUGGCCGCCAUCCCUCCGGCACUUCAACCUGUCCAACACUGGCUUGGAUGAAGUGCCAACACCGCUUCCUCCCCACCUCGAGGUGUUGGACGUGAGCCACAACCACCUCCACGCCGUAGACAUCUCCCUCAGCUCCAUGAAGAAGCUCUUCCUGAAUCAAAACCUUCUGCAGGCCGUCCCCUCCAUCAGGAACUACCCCAUGCUGGACACCCUUCACCUGGACAACAACUCCAUUUCGGAGCUGCCCAGGGAUGAGGUGAAGCUCCUGGGGCGCCUGCAGGACGUGGCUGUGGCUGACAACCCCUUCAGCUGCUCCUGCUCUGGGGCCGGGGGGCUGCAGGCGCUGGCGGCCACGGGGCACCUGGGGCAGGGCUGGCCCGGGGACUACAGGUGCCACUCCCCGGCGCAGUACCAGGGCUGGCAGGUGGCACAGGUGCCCGUGUCGGUGCUGCGCUGUGACCUCGCCGCCGUGGUGGCCCCGCUCUGCGUGGCGCUCGCCCUGCUGGCUGUGGCUGGGGCCGUGUGUCUGGCCAGGAGCAGGCCCUGCCGCAGAGCCUGAGGGGCACCGGGACCCUUCCCUGCGGAGCUUCCCCACAGGGGAGGCUCGCAGCUCCCCGUUCUGGUGAGGGGCUCUUGCUGGGCUCCCCGGUGGAGCAGGGCUGUCCACAGGGAUGUCCUGCGGUGCCUGUGCCCAGCCAAGUCCCGGGGCACCCCUCACUUCCAGCCCCACAGCCACACGCUCCCACUGGGGAUGUCCCUGUGGCCAGCUCCAGCUCGCCCAGCCCCAGCACGCCCCGCUGUCCCUCCAUGUCACAAGAGGAGCCCAGCUCCAUCACAUUCCCAUGGCAGCACUCAGAUGCCCCCCCAGCCUUGCUGGGCUCUGCUGGUCCCUGCCCAGAGCCCCCCACACCUUUUAGCCCCACCAGUCCAGGCAUCCUUGGAGCCUCCAUGGCCCUGUGCUCAUCCUCCCUCUCCUCACCCGGGGCUCUGGCUGGGCCAGGAUGUCAGGUUUGGCAGGAUGCUGCUUGGCUGCUCUUCAGCCUAAGAGAAAAACUGAAAAAAAUCACAAAAGACAGGAAAAUUACUAAAUUAAACACCCUGCAUGGAAAUGCUAAUGAGCUGGAGCAGUUCCUUACACCUCGACCUGAGGCACUGGCAGAUGGGUCCAAGUGGGACUUUGAGAAAGUUCAACCAGAAACUUUUUAAGUGAUAAGAAGAAAAUUAGCUUGUUCUGGG